AUGCGACUCGGUCCACGAGAGCUACUCGAGUAUAACGCGAAGUACAAAGUGCUUAUCUGCCGAGAAUGCCACUACGCCAUCCAGAAAAAUGCGUUAGGGAGCCAUUUACUCCGCCACAAAAUUUACCGAGAAGAAAAGCUUCGUUUACUGUCCACCAUUCAUCAACUCGACAUCGUUGAACCGGAUGAGCUUUCGCUGCCCAGCCCAAGUACACGGCCGGUUGAUGCCCUACCCGUAGUGUCUGGGUAUUCCUGUACCAUGACCGGGUGCGGGCAUCUCUGUGCAAGCUCUAAACGUAUGAUACGCCACUGGAGUGAUGUACACGGUGUUACUGGAUUGAAUGAUUUUGCAUCUCACGCGCGCUCAGUGAGCCUCCAGACGUUCUUUCGCGGUACAAAACUCAAGUACUUCGAGGUCUCUGAGCCAAGUAAAGCCACAGGGUCACAGAAUCCUGCCGAAGGGGGUGGGAAUGAUAGAGAGGACGUCGGUGUGAGGGGAAUGCCAUCACCAGCACAGCCGCUAUCACUUUCCGAGUCUUCUCCCGUGGUCGUGGUGGACCUAGAGACAUUGGCCUACUUCCAUCAUUUUAUCAUUACAACGUGUCUCACACUUCCUAACAUCGAUGAUUCUCUACCGGCGUCAAAAUACUGGGGGACAUACAUCGUUUCGUUGGCUCUACAACAACGGUGGCUGAUGUGCGGAUUGCUGGCUAUUUCCGCGUAUCAUUCAGCUACACUGGAGGACGAGACAACAACACAACAAAAGCACCGUGAGCGGGCGACAAAGCUCCGUGACGAUUUCUUCGUCGGGUUUAACGAGAUAAUGAGCAAUACUCCAAACGCUUUAUCCACCGAUACUUUCCAGAGAACAAAAAAGGCAGCAAUUCAAGUAAGGAGCAUCACGAGCUGUGCACGAUGGACCUUGGCUGGACUUGCUGCGAAUCAUGAGACUGUCCUGAGUCCUACCACAGCCUUGUCUCAGCUAGAGUCUGUACUAUGCGAUAUGCGAGAUUUUUCCGAACUAGCAAGCUCUUCAGAAAUUGAGCAGAACAAGGGUGAUAAUUUUCAAACAUCUUUAGAUACAAACAGCUCACGAGGUACCGCCGCAGCACCGACUGUGCUACUCAACCGUCUUCAGAUGCUUCCUUAUCGCAUGGCCGAGAUAUUCGGGAAACCAGAUAAUGAGCAAGAUGCCCCGGCUAUUCUACUCGGCAUUGGAGCCUUGCUCCAAUGCUCCAAUGAUUUACCAGGUGCGCGGCAAAGUAUAAGCGUAUGGUUAAGCAAGACGACGGACCACUUCAAGCAUAUGGUUUUGCUUCAAAAUCCAGCCGCACUUAUCGUGCUAGCCCACUGGGCGGCCACUAUGGUUAAGCGGAGUGAAGUCCAUGAGUGCUGGUUCAUGCAUGGCUUUUCAAGGGCAAUUGUUUUACUUAUUUCCAAACAUCUUUCUACGGAUAAUGAAGGUCGAAGUUUGGUUGAAGGCUUGCUGGAGUGA